GGUCGCUGAAAGUGAAAGGGCCGCCGGGGCCUCCGCGCCGCCCCAGGAAGUCGCGACAGGAAGCGCCCGCGGCGGCGGGGCCGGGCGGCGGGGCGCGGGCCUGGGGGCGCAGACGGCUGAGCCUCUGCUGGAGGGAAGAGAGGAGGCGAGUCCCCACGAGCAUCCUUACUCGCUUCCUGGGAUUAAGAACCUAUUUAUGAAGCAUCUUAUUUUAUGACCGAAGCUCCACAUCCAGGGAGGCGUCAAUGGCCCAGCUUCCCCCUGGCAUUCGCUUCAUCAUCUCGUUCUCCAGGGAUCAGUGGUACAGAGCCUUCAUUUUUAUUUUGACAUUUUUGCUGUAUGCAAGUUUUCACUUAUCUCGAAAGCCUAUCAGCAUAGUUAAGGGUGAAUUGCACAGCUACUGCACGGCUUCAAAUGAUGGGAAAGUCGGAUUCAGCAGCCAGAGCCAAAAAGCCAGAGCUGCCCCUGCUCACCAGCUCCCAGACAACGGGACCGACUGCGGCUGGGCCCCGUUCGAUCAGGACAACUAUCAACAGCUGCUCGGAGCCCUGGACUACUCCUUCCUGUGCGCGUACGCCAUCGGCAUGUACCUGAGUGGCAUAAUAGGGGAGCGCCUCCCCAUCCGGUGUUACCUAACCUUUGGGAUGCUGGCCAGUGGCGCCUUCACUGCCCUGUUUGGCGUAGGGUACUUCUACAACAUCCACAGUUUCGGGUUCUACGUGAUAACUCAGAUCAUCAAUGGACUUGUGCAGACCACCGGCUGGCCCAGCGUUGUCACCUGCCUUGGGAACUGGUUUGGAAAAGGCAGGCGAGGUUUGAUUAUGGGAGUCUGGAACUCUCACACGUCCGUGGGCAACAUCCUGGGCUCCUUGAUUGCUGGCUACUGGGUGUCCACGUGCUGGGGCCUGUCCUUCAUCGUGCCCGGGGCCAUCGUGGCUGCCAUGGGCAUCCUGUGCUUUCUGUUUCUCAUCGAACAUCCGAAGGACAUCGCCUGCUCGUCCUCCCCGGCCACGCAUCUGAGAGGCUACGAGAAUGGUGCACACAGGUUCUGGCCACAUAAGCCGGUCCCAGCCGAGGAGAGGAGCAAGCCUCCGGACCCAGAGAUGCAGCGUCUACUGCUGUCAGAUGGGAAACACUCUGGCCACCAGAACCACGUGGUCAUCCUCCCGGCAGACGGCGGGGGCGGCAUGGCAGCCAUCAGCUUCACAGGGGCCCUGAAGAUUCCCGGCGUGAUAGAGUUCUCUCUGUGUCUGCUGUUUGCGAAACUGGUCAGCUACACAUUCCUUUUCUGGCUUCCACUCUACAUCACAAAUGUAGAUCACCUUGAUGUCAAGAAGGCGGGGGAGCUCUCCACCUUGUUUGACGUGGGCGGGAUCUUCGGUGGGAUCCUGGCAGGUGUGAUCUCUGAUCGCCUGGAGAAAAGGGCCUCCACCUGCGGCCUGAUGCUGCUGCUCGCGGCCCCAACGCUCUACGCGUUCUCCUCCAUCAGCAGAAUGGGGCUGGAAGCCACCAUAGCCAUGCUGCUCCUCAGCGGGGCCCUGGUCAGCGGGCCGUACGCGCUCAUCACAACUGCCGUGUCCGCCGACCUGGGGACACACAAAAGCCUGAAGGGAAACUCCCAUGCCCUGGCCACCGUGACCGCCAUCAUCGACGGAACCGGAUCUGUAGGAGCAGCACUGGGCCCGCUGCUGGCAGGGCUCAUCUCCCCAUCAGGAUGGAACAACGUGUUCUACAUGCUCAUGUUCGCAGACGCCUGUGCCUUACUGUUUCUGAUUCGCCUCAUACACAAGGAGCUGAGCUGCCCAGGGUCGGCGACAGGAAACCAGGUUCCGUUUAAGGAGCACUGAGCCCUGGAGUCCCAUGAAGGAGGGCUGGGCCCAUCCUUCACAAACUGUUUUUCAAGAAAAAGUUCAAAUAAAGGAUCCUGUGUUGAAAAGAAUGAUUUUACCCUUGCCUUUUGCACAUUCACCUGGAAAAGACACACAAGCCACCUUGAGAAUUCCUGGUACCUUGUCAGCCAGGCCGUGGGGCUCGGGCCACGGGAGGGGAGCCCAUGGGCAGUGCUGGCUGCCACCCACUGAGCCCCUCAAGCAGACACCUCCCGGGUGCUGGGCAGCCGCUCCACAUCCAGAAUGAUGGUGGCCAGGACUGGUGUGGCACCCAGGCCAGCCCUGGUCUCUCUCAGGUAUUACAGCACUGAUGUCGGAGCAGGUGGAGCUCUGAUGACAGGAACGCACCGGGGAACACUAAGGACGCUGCAGGUGGUGGGAGAGGCCUCUGCAAGGACAGAGCUGACACCUGCGUUCACAGCAGCGCAGAGCUCAGACCAAGAAUGUCCCCAGCGCUUCUUCCUGCUCUUCGCCCACCCGAAAACGGUCCAGGGUGGACUGUGGUGAAACCAUCAGAGCCUUCGGACAGGCUGGAGGGCCACCACGGAACCCCGGAGGUUCCUGUCACUGGAACCCCAAGGGCCAUGACGUCACUGGCCCCAUGAGUGAUUGCCAGGAGGACAGUGAGGCCAGGCCUGGGGCUGGGAUUGGCUAAUCCCUCCGCCCAGCCCUCUGUGCACCCCCAACACUGCAGACCUGGGCCUGUCCUCGGAGACUCAGCACUGGAGCGGAUUUAUUUAUUGAAAUGUGUGAGGUGUUAUAGAAGCUUAGGAGACGCAAGUGGCGCCUUGUUAUUUAUUAAGACAAUCUCUGGUUGUUCUCUGGCCACUUGUUUCCUCAGUUGUUGCCCUUUGAAAUAAA